UCUCUACAUUUUCUCUUUUUUCCAAAUCAUUCUCUUCAAGAUUGCUUUCAACACUCUCUUCCAACAUCUUGAAAACUCCACCACAGCUUCUGUACAUUUCAAACACCAUACCAACUUGUCCACCAUGCUCUAAACCAUUUAUUGCACAAGCCAUUGACGCUGCCAUUAAAGGAACCACGGCUGAAAACAACCUGUCAUCAUUUCGAUUAUAUCGGAUACAACUUCUAAGAUAGCAUAGAGUUUAAUGGUGGGGCUGUUAGAGAUUGCAGAAUUGGACAAAUCAUUUUUUUCAAUUCUCUAAAAAGAUUUGUGUUUCUAAGAAGAUAUAUAUGAAAGGAUAUAUCUAGUUUUUCAAUUUAUCCAUGUGAAUGAUGAAACCAUUCUGAUGCACUCAAAAAGUCAUGAUUUUCAGGUGUCUAUGUAUUAUAUGGAGCUUUUUUGAAAGAUGAGAGUGACAUCAUACGAUGCACAACAAUUGCUAGGAUUAACAAUUUGUGUCAUGGAGCUUCAGGCUGCACCCUCCGGCCACACCUGCGAGGCCUAUAAUUGUAAGUCGUAUCUCAACAACAAUUGGGACUGGGGGUAGCUUGAUUCCUGUUUGUAACAGGUUAUGCUUAGAUACAGGAUAAUGAUGCAUGUAUGGAGCCGAUAGUCAUCAAACUCGGAACAUAGUGAAUUUAAAGUGCUUCAAUCAGUCUUAACUGAGAACCUCGGCAUUCGCAUAUAAAUUCAGUUAAGUUUCCAUUUCAUUUACUUUAAUUGCUUAUAAACUUCCGACAUCCGCAUAUAAAUUCAGACAAUUAAGGUGUAGUGACUCGAUGCUUGCAUACUGACAUUGAAUUUUUUAUGUCUAGUUUUAUUAUCUAAUUGGUUUAUUGGUGAGCAUUAGUUAAUGUAGUGUAUUGCUGAAUCUGGACGCGAUCAAAAGUGCCAAUAUGCCAAAUGAAAUAGGCAAAUUUUAAUGGAAGGAUAUAAAUUGGCAUCACCGACAAAUGCUGCUAAUCUCGUGGUAGGCCGCAGAACUUCAGGGUCAUGCAUGUGCUCGUUCGAAUUGGAAGGAAAAGUGGACCACGUUGCCAUAAUGACAUGUUCUACAUCACAGAGUCCGUUGCUUUUAAUGAUAAGUUGCCACCUUUACAAAAAGAUGACAAGACCAAAAGUUUGUAGAAGUGAAAAGAAGCCGGGAAGCAUUCUACUAGCAUCUUGGGUGAAUUCUAUGUGGUGGAAAGAGUUGGGAAUUAAAGACAAACUAACUCUUGCAAGAGUUAGACUAACGGAGUGCUCCUUAUGGACAGUGGGAAUUUUUCUUGUGGAUUGUAGGUUGGUAUUUUUCAAGUGUGGGAAAGGACUUAUAAACAGUUGGAUAUUUUUGUAUCGUUUCACUUGUUUUGUCCGUGUGUAA